AUGCUCAACCAAAACCACAAUCUUCAACAAAACGAACCACUCGCUCCUUCAAAUGCCGGGCUCAAUUUUCUCUUAACCCUCGAAAUAAACCCUUUGGAAAUCAAGACUUUCCCCGCCAUGUCCCCACCACCCCUUCCGUCCACCCGCCUCGCCCUCCUCACCCUCCUCUCCGCCACCGCCACCCUCUACUUCCUCUACAAAUCCCGCAACCGCCACCGCCGCCUCCUGGAGCGCCUCCGCCGCGCCCUCUCCCAGCCCGACAGCCAUGUCCCCAUCCCCGCCCCGCUUCCCAACAGAGGCAAACUCUUCUUCAUAUCGCAGACCGGCACCGCCGAAACCCUAGCCCGGCGCCUCCACGAGCGGCUGGCCGAAAAUGGACUCCCCUUUGAUCUCGUCGAUCCGAAAGACUACGAGCCCGAGGAUUUAUGCAGGGAGGGCCUCGUCGUGUUCGUGGCCUCCACUUGGGAAAACGGUGGGCCUCCCGAGAAUGGGGCCUUCCUCGUGAACUGGUUGGCGGAGAGCGCUGAUGAUUUCAGGGUCGGGGCUCUCGUGCUCAAGGACUGCAAGUACGUGGUUUUCGGGGUUGGGAGCGGGAGCUAUGGCGAGACAUACAAUGCAGUGGCCAGGGGCAUUUCGGUGAAGUUGCGGAAGCUUGGGGCGAGCGAGCUGGUGGAGUCGGCCGAGGGGGAUGUGGACGAAGGGAAUGUGGACGAGGUGUUUGAUGGAUGGUGCAAGAAGAUUGUUGGGGUUCUGAAAGGUGAUAGUUUGGGGGAAAACGUGGGGCAUUUUGGGAAUAAUGGGGUGGGGGGAGAAAGUGCAGAAGAAGAAGAAGAAGAAGAAGAAAGCGAGUGGAGUGAGGAUGAAUACAAUGAUGAUGAGGCGGCUGUUGUCGAUCUCGAGGAUAUUGCGGGGAAAGGGCCUUCGAGAAAAUCAAUGGCGAGGGAUAAGGCCAAUGGCAAAUCGAAUGGGCAUGUGGUGAAUGGGGAGAAAGAAAUGGUGACUCCAGUUAUAAGAGCAAAUUUAGAGAAGCAGGGGUAUAAAGUCAUUGGCUCUCACAGUGGGGUUAAAAUUUGUAGAUGGACCAAGUCUCAGCUUAGAGGACGUGGUGGUUGUUAUAAGCACUCAUUUUAUGGAAUUGAGAGUCACAGGUGUAUGGAGGCAACCCCAAGUUUGGCAUGCGCGAACAAAUGUGUGUUCUGCUGGAGGCAUCACACUAAUCCUGUUGGGAAAUCCUGGCAGUGGAAGAUGGAUGAUCCUUUGGUGAUUGUUGAUACCGCCAUUGAUCUACAUACGAAGAUGAUAAAACAGAUGAAAGGAGUUCCAGGGGUGAAGGCAGAGCUUUUGUCCGAGGGUCUUUCUCCUAGACAUUGUGCCUUGUCACUUGUUGGUGAACCUAUCAUGUACCCAGAGAUCAACUCUCUUGUCGACGAGCUUCACCGGAGGCGAAUAUCGACUUUUCUCGUGACAAAUGCACAGUUUCCUGAAAAGAUUAAGAUGCUUAAGCCUGUCACACAGCUGUAUGUGAGUGUGGAUGCUGCCACAAAGGAUAGCUUGAAGGCAAUUGAUAGACCACUAUUUUCAGACUUUUGGGAGAGAUUUGUGGAUUCUUUAGAAGCCCUGAAAGAGAAGCAACAACGAACCGUGUAUCGGCUGACACUUGUCAAAGGAUGGAAUACAGAAGAUGUGGAUGCAUAUUCAUCACUCUUUGAUAUUGGGACUCCCGAUUUUAUCGAAAUCAAAGGAGUCACUUACUGUGGAUCGUCAGCAACUUCAAAGUUAACAAUGGAGAACGUGCCCUGGCAUUCUGACGUAAAGGAGUUUUCUGAAGCCUUGGCUCGAAAGAGCAAAGGGGCAUAUGAAGUGGCUUGUGAGCACGUGCACUCGUGCUGUGUACUUCUGGCUAAGGUUGAUAAAUUUAGAGUCGAUGGCCAAUGGUAUACUUGGAUAGACUACGACAAGUUCCAUAACCUGGUCUCAGCUGGAGAGCCUUUUACUAGCAAGGAUUACAUGGCUCCAACACCGUUAUGGGCCAUUUAUGGAGCAGAAGAAGGCGGGUUUGAUCCGAAGCAAUCGCGCUUCAGAAAAGAAAGGCGUCAUAAGUCGACACGUUGA